CGCCAUGGUCCGGAUAUGGAGGUCGUGAGAUUGGUGGGCUCACCUGCGUCGUUGGCGACGAUGGCGUAUGGAAGCGUUCUGUGGCUAGACGACGAAGAGAGCCUUGUGUUUGACUUCGAAGCGAUCUUACCGACCCUCCAUGAGCCCACACCGGUGAUUCUCGUGGACGAGGAUGGGAAGAAAGACUUCAAACGAGGAACGGUCGUGUGUCGGCAUUGGCUGCGCGGAUUGUGCAUGAAGGGCGACAACUGCGAGUUUCUCCAUCAAUACGACAUGUCCAAGAUGCCCGAGUGCCGCUGGGGCAUGGAGUGUCAAGUACCCGAGUGUCCAUUUCGCCAUGUCCCGGAUGAAGAUCGCAUGGAGUGUGCGUUUUACAAACAGGGGUUUUGCUCCCACGGUAGCGCGUGUCGAUAUCGCCACGUCAAGUUACCACGCGAAGAAUGCCCCGUCAUUGCUGACUUUAGCUUGCAGAGCAAAGUUGCUGAAGAAGAGAGCGCGAAGCGCCGCAAGGCACAGCCCGUCAACGAAUUUUUCAAGAUCGCGAUAUGCAAGCAUUGGGAAAAGCAAGGCACGUGUCCGUUUGGGGAGGAGUGUCAUUUUGCCCAUGGCGAGAAGGAACUCCGUCCGUUCCCCAAGGAUACACAUGGCGGUGGUGGCGGCAAUCACCACACGCCUUCUGCUCAUGCUGCUCCUCACAAGGCCCCUGAAGCGCCCCCUUCAUUGGUUCUGCCUGACGCGGAAGGGACGUCCACGUACAUUUUGCUGCGAUCCCAUAGUUACCAGAACUUGGCGCAGUCGGUACACCAUCAAAAGUUUGCGGCUGACGGUGCAACCCUCCAAGCGAUCCAGGAUGCCAUGACGAUGGCCGAUCAGGUCUUUUUGUUUCUCUCGGUGUCCCCGAGCUAUCACUUUCAAGGUGUUGCCCGCAUUGUCCAAGUGCCGUCGGAUGACUCGGGAGUGUCUCUGGCGGAGGGCACCGUCCCGUUCCACCAGUGGCGCGGUGUGUUUGGCGUCGAGUGGCUUCGGACGUGCGAGAUUCCGUACGAAUCGGCAGACACGAUUGCAACAUCCAAGAAUGCAGCGUUGUCGAAACUACCGGACGGAACGGAACUCACGAAAGAGUGUGGCCACGCCCUCCUCGACAAAAUGUUUUUCCACCCGAUGAUCCGGCUCCACAUGAAGUCGGUCGAAGACGAAGGCAUCCUCCCCGGCGGCGCGUGUGAGCUCGCCAACCGCCGCCGCCAUGCGGCGGAAAGCAUUGCCAACUUUAACGACCCCGCGCGAUUCAUGCCAUGCGCCCAUCUGUCGCACCGGUGGCAAGUUGACCUGCCUGGCUACGUCUUUGCGUGCAACGGCGCCACGAUCGACGAGAGCUUUGGACGGAUGCUCUUUGGCCUGGCCAAGGACCAGGAACAAGUCGCGAUGAAAAACGUCCAAGUCGGAACCCCAUUGUUUCUGCUCAACAUGAGCAAUCGGCACGUCUUGGGCAUGUUCGAGGCCGUGACCCCCGUCGGGAUGAAUAUCGUGCCGAACGCGUUCACGGCGGGGCUGCCGCCGGGCACGAUGACGCCAUUUCCCGUGCAAGUCCGGUUCCAGUUUGCCUUUGACGCUCCACCGCUCCUGAACGACCUGAUCAAGGCCGUGCCGGGCCUGGAGCGGGGCAUUCACAUUGGCCCUUUGUCUCUCGCAGCUACCCAGACGCUUGCGAACGUGUGCGCAGAAAAGUGCGGCGCAACCAACCUGAAUGAAGCUGGCGAGAAGAUCGAGAAAAAGGCCAACGAAGAGCACUUUGUCGUUGGAAUCGAAGAAGACAAGGAGUUUGGCGUUGUCCAGAAAAUCCUUGGUCCACAAGGCAGCUACAUCGAUCGCAUCGUGACGGAUGCCGGCGGGAAUGCCAAUGUACGUUUGCGUGGACGCGGGUCCGGUGUGCUCGAGGCCAACGGAGAAGAAGCCAAGGACCCCUUGACGCUGGUCGUGUCGGCCGACAACGAGCGCAGCUUUCGGAUUGCGUGUGACGCGUCGAGGAAUCUCCUUGGGUCCGUCCAUCGUGACUACCAAGCAUAUCUCCACAGCAAACACCGCGGCGGUCCCGGGGGAGGGGGGUUUCCAGGAUUCCCUCCGAAUAUGCCCAUGAUGGGAGGACGUGGCGGCGGCAUGCGCGGACCUCCCCCGCCGUUCCGUGGACCCAGAGGGCCGCCUCCAGCCGGGGCCAGCCGAGCUCCCCCGCCUCCGCACCGCCGAUAG